AUUCUUUGUUUCUUUCGAGUCCAAAUCCUACCAAGCUAGUCGAGUAAGAGAGCAGUAGACGAGGCGGACUGCCUUCUCUUCCUCCAUGGCGACUGUCACCUUCUCUCCUCCCUUUCGUUUCUCUCCAAUCUCAUCAUUCCCCUCUAAAUUUAGAACUCGAACCAGGUUCAUUAUUCCGCCGCUGUCCUCUUUGACCCCCCGAGCUGCUCUCUCCGAUCCUUUCGUUCUUGAAAUUGCGCAAACCUUAGAAGACUCUGUUUCAACCCCUUCUCCUUCUUCUUUGCCACCUCCACCUCUUCAAAAACUGCGGGACACCUCUUCUGAGUCCAUCCUCUCCAUGUCUUGGCCUACUCGCAAAGACGAACCUUUUCGCUUCAUCGAUACUUCUUUCAUCAAACAGUCUCGGAUUCAUCCAAUUCCGAUCCCUUCCCCUUCCUCUGAUCUUGCCGGUAUCUCGUCCGAUACCCAAUUUCCCAGUCUUGUCAUCGUAGAUGGUCACAUCGUCCCCUCCGCCUCCCAGCUCUCCGGAUUUCCGGACGGUGUCUAUGUGGGCAGCAUUUCAGGUAUCUCCUCGGAGGCCAUUAUGGAAAAGGUACUCCAGCUUGUGUCUGACUUCCACGACGGUGACCUUUUUUGGUCCCUCAAUGGAAUUGGAGCUCCUGAUGUUACUGUUAUAUUCGUCCCUGCCGGGUGUCAGGUCGAGAAGCCCUUGCAUUUGAGAUUUUAUUCUCGUGAGGGAGGGGAAAUUGGGUCUAAUUAUAUGCCCUUGUCAAGUCCGAGGGUGUUGGUGUUGGUGGAGAAAGGAGGGGAGAUUGGAAUUAUUGAGGAGUAUUCCGGCGGUGAUGCCGAUAAAUGUUAUUGGGCAAAUUCUGUUAUUCAGUUGGCGCUCGAAGAGGAGGCGAAAAUUCACCAUUCUUACAUACAGGCACAGACUGCAAGUGCUGCCCAUAUCAAGUGGACCUUUGUUCGACAGGAAUCAUCCAGUAACUAUGAACUUGUAGAGAUAAGUGCUGGUGGAAAAUUAAGCAGGCAUAAUCUCCAUGUUCAGCAAGUAGGCCCAGACACAAUUACAGAAUUGUCAGCAUUUCAUUUAUCUGUAAGCGAUCAGACCCAAGAUCUGCAUAGCAGAUUAGUGUUGGACCAUCCCCGAGGCUAUUCGCGGCAGCUUCACAAGUCUAUUGUGGCUCAUUCAUCAGGACAGGCUGUGUUCGAUGGGAACAUUAAGGUCAAUAGAUAUGCACAACAGACAGAUGCUGGGCAGUUGACAAAAAACCUCCUACUUGAGCCCCGAGCAACAGUGAAUGUGAAACCCAACCUACAGAUUAUUGCUGAUGAUGUCAAGUGCUCACAUGGAGCUGCGAUAAGCGACCUUGAAGAGGAUCAAAUCUUCUACUUCCAGGCACGUGGCAUUGACUUGGAGACAACAAGAAAAGCUCUAGUCUUUGCCUUUGGUUCUGAGGUUGUGGAACGGUUGCCUUACAACUCCCUUAAGAAGAAGGUACAGAGCCAUGUCAAAGCGUUGCUGGAAACUACAUCCGGAGGUGCCCCAUAAAGAGUGUGAUAAAUUACUAGGAGCUAUACUGGUGCUUGGUUCAUUUUUUUUUCUCCUCCAACUGAAAGCACAAGAUGCCUUCUCUGAGAAGUAGAAGGAAGUUUGUUAAGCAAACUGUACCUUAACGGCUGGGAAAAGAGAAUGUAAUUUAAGGGAAAAAAUUGAAAUGAAUAUCUGUUCCUACCUCCCUUUUAAGGGCAUGUACCACUCUGUUCAGUCACCUAUUUGCAUUAGAGUGGGUAAACCACAUUCCUUGACUAACCUCGAAAUUUCCUGUUGUUGACACUUAUUACCUGAAUUCUGGUAAGGGUUUUCUUCUACUCAAUUAUCAUAUCCGCUCUCAGCUAAACGAGUGGUUAAACUCCUGCUCCUGUACUUGCUAAUUAACUGUCCUGUUCACUGGGCAGAUUGUUGAGAGAAUCUAAUUACUCAAU